AUGCCCGCCUACGAACUGCGAUCCGGCGGUGAUGUCAAGAACAAGAAGCAGAGUGUUGCAGACCUCAAGUACCGUCGAUUGACUGAGCUCAAUGCUCGGCUUAAGGAGGAUUUGGAUCGCCCGCGGGUGAAGGUAUCCGAGGCCGCGCUCUCAACGCUUUCUAACUUUUGUUUUCUUUUUUUCUCGUCAUUUAGGCUCAUCAGCUACUGCAAUAACACUCGCGAUUUCAUGGUGCCAUCCGUAUGGGGUCAGGUCGAUCGGCGCGAAGACCCUUAUGCUCCCCAGCAACAGGGAGCUGGCUGCUGCUCUGUCAUGUAA